UGGCCAUGAUUGUAACUAAAGUGUUCUUGUGCCUUGUGGUAGUUUUGUUUGCUGCACCGAAAGUGUGUGGGGUCGAGCAAAAUGACACAAAACCUUCCUUCACCGGGUUCGGGUUCGAAAUAAUAAUGGCCAAGUUGGACUACCUCCAGUACAAGCUGUUCGGGAUGGAAUCUGCCAUGAAGGAAGAUCGAGAGACAAUCGAACAGAAGCUGUCUGGAGCCAUCAGUCAGAUGAGCCAAAUGAUUGGCCAGAAUCUGACCGCACUAAACACACAAACGAAUAAAAUGCUCACUGAGGAGACGGCCAACACCCAUCACGAACGGAUGCGAAAUGAGAUUCGAAUGCUUCUAUCGAAGCAAGACUUCGCACUAUUUAUGACUGCUUCUGGCCUAAAUCUUCGGAGUGUUUCGUUAAGAUCGUGCAAGAAAAAUCCAUCGAAGCGAUGGGGCAAGUAUUUGAUACAACCUUCCGAAAAUGAUGAACCAUUCCUGGGAUAUUGUGAGCAGACUGCUUUCGGGGGAGGUUGGCUUGUGGUCCAGCAUCGUUACGACGGAUCGGUGGACUUUUACCGCAAUUGGACAGAGUAUCGGAACGGUUUCGGAAGCGUCGAUGGAGAGUUUUGGCUCGGCUUGGGAAAGUUGCAUCAGAUUACUUCGGCACGAAAGCAUGAGCUGCUAGUGGAGCUGAAAGAUUCAGAUGGAAAGUACAUUUACGCACGGUAUAGUAAGUUCGAGAUCGGAAAUGAGGAGGAACAAUAUGAGUUAAAGACGUUGGGAUCGUACACAGGAACGGCAGGAGACUCAUUGACGUACCAUGAGGGUAAGAAGUUUAAAACCAAACAUUGGAGCACCGAUGAAAUCUCAAUGAUACCAUCUAAUCUUGCGUGCCAAGGAGCGUGGUGGUAUAGUAACAUUUGCUUUUCUAAUCUUAAUGGGCUUUAUGAGGCUGAUGAAUAUUUUAAAGCUAUUUUAUGGUUCCCAACUACGAGUUUGAGAUACACAAGAAUGUUGAUUCGUGAAAUUUAACUAAAGACUCCACAAUAUUUCAAUAAACAAAUAUCUUUACACAUCAUAUAUGUCUAUUAUGAGGUCAGAUUGGUUUUACUGACGGCUAUUUCUUUGUUUCUAUCGUUUAACUGUUUUCGUUAAAAAACAUAAUAAACCCAACUGCCAUCAUCGUUUCAGCCCAGUAUGCAUA